AUGAGUAGUGAAGAAGAUGAUGAAUCCGAGUUUGCAUUAGCUUACAAAUUAUUUGUUAAAACAGCUGAUGAAAUUUCAUUACCUGCUAAAUGGUUCCAAGAAUCCGUAUCAACAGUUGAUGAAUUUCUUUUAUCUGUUCACAAUAAAAUUAACUUGAUGACCAAGGAUAAUACUAUUAUGCCAAGUGAUUACUUUAUGACAUUCAAAACACAAAGAGAGACAGGUGCCGGCACUCAGUUGGUCAAUGAACAAGAUUUCAUCAAGUUCAAAUCCGAAUAUACAAAAUUAGCUGCUAGAAAAAGUGAUAUUGGGAUUUAUGUUACAAUUUCACAACUAUCUAUUACUUCUCAAAAUAAGCAAAAAAAAAAGGAAUCAGACUUAGGUGAACAUGAAGAAAAUACUGAACGAUCCAACAAUUACAAGAACAAUAAUCGAGUCCCAAGUGUUUCAUCUUUAUCUGCACAAGACAAAGAAAUUGCCAAAAACGUGUUAACAAUUAGAAAUGCAUAUCACUAUUACAUUUAUGAUGCUUUCGACCCGGGCAUCCGAAUGAACAAAGAGCUAGCUACAGUCGAAAAUCCUCUAACACAUCCUCUUUUUUCCUAUGCUAGUUUAUCAUCAAAAAAGCUACGCUCAAAAUUACCAUCUACAUCAUCACCACAAAUGCUACUGGUUUUACCACCUUUACUAUUACCGCAAGUGCAACCACUGUCACCGGAUGUACAAUUGUUAUCAAAUAACCCAGCAUUUUUUAUAAAAAUAGCUGCAAAUUCGGUAAAACAUCCUUCGGUAAAAGAGCUUUCAGCAAUAUAUUUUCAAAGAAAUAAGAUGUUAGAAAAAUAUACUAUUCGAAAAAUAGCAUGUACCG